ACACGCACACAUCGCCGCACGCACACCCAGUCUGACUGCACACGCAGAUACAGCGCGAGCAUCUCCGCGUGAAGGCUAGCCAUGGCUGAAGGAGGAGAAGGCGAGGAUGAGAUCCAGUUCCUGCGAACUGAUGAUGAGGUGGUCCUACAGUGCUCAGCCACAUUCCACAAGGAGCAACAGAAACUCUGUCUGGCUGCUGAAGGCUUCGGAAACAGACUCUGCUUCCUUGAAUCCAUCUCCAACUCCAAGAAUGUGCCCCCAGAUCUGUCCAUCUGCACUUUUGUGUUGGAGCAGUCGCUGUCGGUACGGGCCCUUCAGGAGAUGCUGGCCAACACAGAGGAGAAGGCUGAGGGGACGGCCCAGGGGGGCGGUCAUCGCACCUUACUGUACGGUCACGCUGUCCUGCUGCGACACUCCUACAGUGGAAUGUACCUGUGCUGUCUGUCCACCUCCCGCUCAUCCACAGACAAACUGGCUUUUGAUGUUGGACUACAGGAAGAUACCACAGGCGAGGCAUGCUGGUGGACCAUCCAUCCAGCAUCGAAGCAGCGUUCAGAGGGAGAGAAGGUUAGAGUCGGAGACGAUCUCAUCCUGGUCAGCGUCUCCUCUGAAAGAUAUCUGCAUCUGUCCUAUGGAAAUGGCAGUCUCCAUGUAGAUGCAGCGUUCCAGCAGACACUGUGGAGUGUGGCUCCCAUCUGUUCUGGCAGUGAAGUAGCACAAGGUUACCUGAUAGGAGGGGACGUCCUGCGCCUCCUUCACGGUCACAUGGACGAGUGUCUAACUGUUCCAUCUGGGGAGCAUGGGGAUGAGCAGAGGAGGACAGUGCACUAUGAGGGGGGAGCAGUGUCCAGUCAUGCCAGGUCCCUGUGGAGACUUGAGACACUUCGGGUCGUGUGGAGUGGGAGUCAUAUUCGCUGGGGUCAGCCGUUCCGACUGAGACAUGUGACGACAGGGAAGUAUCUUAGUCUCAUAGAAGACAAAUCACUGCUGCUGAUGGACAAAGAGAAAGCUGAUGUCAAGUCUACAGCCUUCUGCUUCAGGUCUUCCAAGGAAAAGUUGGACCCCGGUGUGAAGAAGGAGGUGGAUGGGAUGGGUGUUCCUGACAUUAAGUAUGGCGACUCUGUGUGUUACAUCCAACAUGUUGACACCUGCCUGUGGCUUACAUACCAGGCUGUCGAUGCUAAGUGUGCACGCAUGGGUGGAGUGCAGAGAAAGGCCAUCAUGCACCAUGAGGGUCACAUGGAUGAUGGGCUGACACUGUCUCGGUCACAACAUGAGGAGAGUCGCACUGCCAGAGUCAUCCGCAGUACGGUCUUUCUGUUCAACCUCUUCAUCAGGGGUCUGGACACACUAAGGGAAAAGGGAAAGAGUUCCACUCUAGAUCUGCCAAUCGAUUCGGUCAGUCUGAGUCUGCAGGAUCUGAUUGGCUACUUUCAACCACCCGGCGAUCACCUGGAGCAUGAAGACAAGCAGAACCGACUGAGAGCUCUGAAGAACCGGCAGAACCUCUUUCAGGAAGAGGGGAUGAUCAGCCUGGUGCUGGAGUGUAUCGAUCGUCUUCACGUCUACAGCAGUGCAGCUCAUUUUGCUGAGGCAAUAGGAAGGGAGGCAGGAGAGGCCUGGAGCUCCAUACUCAACUCCCUCUACCAACUACUAGCUGCCCUGAUCAGAGGAAACAGAAAGAACUGUGCUCAGUUUUCCGGGUCGUUAGACUGGCUCAUUAGCAGACUGGAGCGACUGGAGGCCUCCUCUGGUAUACUAGAGGUGCUUCACUGUGUGCUGGUGGAGAGUCCUGAGGCACUGAAUAUAAUCAAAGAGGGACACAUCAAAUCCAUUAUAUCUCUGCUGGACAAGCAUGGACGCAACCACAAGGUUCUAGAUGUGUUGUGUUCGCUGUGUGUGUGUCACGGCGUUGCAGUGCGCUCCAACCAGCACCUGAUCUGUGACAACCUGCUGCCAGGAAGAGAUCUGUUACUGCAGACCCGCCUGAUCAACCACGUAAGCAGCAUGCGUCCCAACAUCUUCCUAGGAGUCAGCGACGGCUCCGCUCAGUACAGGAAGUGGUACUAUGAGCUGAUUGUGGAUCAGGCGCUGCCAUUCGUCACAGCAGAGGCCACUCACCUCAGGGUGGGCUGGGCCAACACCAGUGGCUACGCGCCAUACCCCAGCGGGGGAGAGGGGUGGGGAGGCAACGGGGUGGGUGAUGACCUCUACUCAUACGGCUUUGAUGGCCUCCAUCUCUGGUCAGGCUGCAUUGCCCGGACUGUCAGCUCACCCAAUCAGCAUCUUCUGAGAGCAGAGGACGUGGUGAGCUGCUGCCUGGACCUCAGUGUUCCCAGUAUCUCCUUCAGGAUCAAUGGCCAACCGGUCCAGGGCAUGUUUGAGAACUUCAACUCUGAUGGCCUGUUCUUCCCCGUGGCCAGUUUCUCUGCCGGAGUCAAGGUUCGUUUCCUCCUGGGGGGUCGUCAUGGGGAGUUUAAGUUCCUCCCUCCUCCGGGUUACGCUCCUUGCUAUGAGGCGGUGUUGCCCAGGGAGAAGCUGAAACUGGAGCACAGUCAGGACCAGACAGCAGCCAAAGACCUACUGGGACCCACCGUCACCAUGAGCCAGGCAGCGUUCACCCCUACACCUGUGGACACCAGCCAGAUUGUGCUGCCACCUCACUUGGAGAGGAUCAGGGAGAAGCUUGCAGAAAACAUCCAUGAACUGUGGGUGAUGAACAAGAUAGAACUGGGCUGGACCUACGGUGCAGUGCGAGAUGAUAACAAGCGGCAGCACCCCUGUCUGGUGGAGUUCUCCAAGCUUCCUGAACAAGAGCGAAGCUACAACUUGCAGAUGUCUCUGGAGACUCUCAAGACUCUCCUGGCCUUGGGUUGCCAUGUUGGCCUAGCAGAUGAACACGCAGUAGAGAAAUUCAAGAGCAUGAAACUGUCGUCAACCUAUGAGUUGUCCAGUGGUUAUAAACCUGCUCCUCUGGACCUGAGUCACAUCAAACUGACCUCCACCCAGGAAGCCAUGGUGGACAAACUGGCUGAGAAUGCACACAACGUCUGGGCAAGAGACCGCAUCCGCCAGGGCUGGACCUAUGGCAUCCAACAGGAUGUGAAAAAUCGUAGAAACCCUCGUCUGGUCCCCUACACUCUGCUGGAUGAGAGAACCAAGAAGUCCAACAAAGACAGUUUGAGAGAGGCUGUCAGGACACUGCUGGGAUAUGGAUACAACCUGGAAGCUUCUGACCAGGACCAUGCUCAAUCUGACACCAGCAACAUGUCAGCUGAGAGGUUCCGCAUCUUCAGAGCAGAGAAAACCUACUGUGUUAAUGCAGGGAAGUGGUACUUUGAGCUGGAGGUAAUAACAGCAGGAGAGAUGAGGGUAGGCUGGGCCAGGCCAGGAUGCCUCCCAGACCAGGAGCUGGGAUCUGACGACCAGGCCUUUGUCUUUGAUGGCUUCAAGGUCCAGCGUUGGCACCAGGGUAAUGAGCACUUUGGGCGUGCCUGGCAGACGGGGGACGUGGUGGGCUGCAUGGUGGAUCUGAACGAACACACCAUGAUGUUCACACUUAAUGGAGAAGUGCUUCUGGAUGACUCUGGAUCUGAGCUGGCCUUCAAGGACUUUGAAGUUGUUGAAGGUUUUAUUCCAGUGUGCAGUCUGGGUGUGUGUCAGGUUGGAAGAAUGAACUUUGGUAAAGACGUCAGCACUCUAAAGUACUUCACCAUCUGCGGCCUGCAGGAAGGUUAUGAACCGUUCGCUGUCAACAUGAACCGGGAUGUCACCAUGUGGCUCAGCAAGAGGCUGCCUCAGUUUGUACCUGUACCCCCCAACCACCAACACAUAGAGGUGACAAGGAUAGAUGGGACAGUGGAGUCAUGUCCAUGCCUAAGGGUCACCCAGAGGUCAUUUGGCUCACAAAACAGUUACACUGACAUCACCUUCUACAGACUGAGCAUGCCCAUAGAGUGUGCAGACUCCUUCUCCAGAUCCUCACCUAGUGACAGCCUCUUCUCGCCUAAGAGGGAGCUGGAGGACUUUGAAACUGUGUCAGACUUUGAGGUCCUGAUGAAGUCUUCUCAUAGUCACAGUGGUCCCAAUGGACCUGAGAGAGAUGAAUUCAACAACCACAAAGAUUAUAACCAGGAGAAGCCCUCCAAGCUCAAACAACGGUUCAUGUUGAAGAGAAACAAGCCGGACAACAGCUGUCCAUCAUCUGCCCGUCUGUCAGGGGAAGGGAUGGCUGAUGACAGAGAUGAAUAUGAAUUCCUUAUGCAAGCCUCUACUCACUACUACUCAGUGCGGAUCUUCCCUGGUCAGGAGCCCAGCUGUGUUUGGGUGGGGUGGGUAACCUCUGACUUCCAUCAGCACGACCCAGGCUUUGAGCUGCACAAGGUCCGAACUGUCACUGUUACCCUGGGAGAUGAGAAGGGUAAAGUUCAUGAGAGUAUCAAGCGUAGUAACUGUUACAUGGUGUGGGCCGGAGAGAGCAGCAGUCCUGGUCAGGGGAGGACCAACAAUGGCUUAGAGAUCGGCUGUUUGGUUGACACAACAAACGGACUGCUGACCUUCACAGCCAACGGCAAAGAACUCAGCACAUACUACCAGGUGGAGCCCAGUACUAAGCUGUUCCCAGCAGUCUUUGCCAAGGCCACCAGCCCUAAUGUUGUCCAGUUUGAACUGGGGCGUAUUAAGAAUGUGAUGCCUUUGUCAGCUGGUCUGUUUAAAAGUGAGAGGAAGAAUCCAGUUCCUCAGUGUCCUCCACGGCUGCAUGUCCAGUUUCUCACUCCUGUAUUAUGGAGUCGUGUUCCCAACCACUUCCUUAAGGUGUCAGCAUCCAGAGUAAAUGACAGACACGGCUGGCUGGUCCAGUGUAACGAACCUCUGCAGUUUAUGUCUCUGCACAUACCUGAGGAGAACUGGUCGGUGGAUAUCCUGGAGCUGUCAGAGCAGAGGGACUUAUUAAAGUUUCACUACCAUACCCUCAGACUGUACUCUGCCAUUUGUGCUCUGGGAAAUAACCGAGUGGCACAUGCCCUUUGCUCACACGUAGACGAGGCACAGCUCCUGCAGGCUAUAGAGAAUAAAUACAUGCCAGGUUUGCUUCGUGCGGGCUACUACGACCUCCUCAUAGACAUCCACCUGAGCAGCUACGCUACAGCUCGCCUCAUGAUGAACAAUGAAUACAUUGUUCCCAUGACAGGCGAAACCAAGAGCAUCACCCUGUUUCCAGAUGAGAAGAAGAAACAUGGCCUUCCAGGCAUUGGCCUCAGCACUUCCCUGAGACCCAGAAUGCACUUCUCAUCCCCAAGUUUUGUCUGUGGGACCGGACCGUCGUAUCGUAAUAAUGGCAACAACGGAUCAGGAUCAGGAGACUGUUUCCAGUACAGCCCUGAAUUCCCCCUAGAUAUACUGAAAAUUAAAACCAUCGAGAUGCUAACAGAGGCAGUACAGGAGGGAAGCAUGCACGUACGGGAUCCAAUAGGAGGCAGCACUGAGUUUCUCUUCGUCCCUCUCAUUAAGCUGUUCUACACCAUGCUCAUCAUGGGAGUUUUCCAAAAUGGAGAUCUGAAAAACAUCCUCAGACUGAUUGAACCGUCUGUGUUCUGUGAAAGACGGGAAGGGCAGGAGGAAAUACACAUGGACCCGGAGGUAGUGAAGGAGGUGGAGCCUGAAGGACGAGGAGAAGAUGGAGGGAGGAAGAUGCCUAAAGAAGGACUGUUACAGAUGAAGCUACCAGAGCCUGUAAAACUCCAGAUGUGCCAUGUGCUUCAGUACCUGUGUGACUGCCAGGUGCGUCACCGUAUCGAGGCUGUGGUGGCCUUCUCUGAUGACUUUGUGGCCUGUCUCCAAGACAACCAGCGGUUCCGCUACAAUGAGGUGAUGUUGGCACUCAACAUGUCUGCCGCCCUCACUGCCAAAAAGACCAAAGAGUUCAGAUCUCCUCCACAGGAACAGAUCAACAUGCUGCUGAACUUUAAGGAUGAGAAGCAAGAGUGUCCCUGUCCUGAAUACAUCCGAGAACAGCUGCUCGACUUCCAUGAGGACCUGAUGAGACACUGUGGUAUUGAGUUGGAUGAGGAGAGCGGGAUUGAGGGUGACAGUGACUUCACCAUCCGAGGUCGACUCAUGUCAUUGGUGGAGAAAGUAGCUUACCUGAAAAGGAAGAUGUCCAACCUGCCAAAGGAGAAAAAAGACAGGAAACCCAGUACGUUGCAGCAGUUGAUUUCAGAUACGAUGGUCCGCUGGGCACAGGAGUCAGUUAUUGAGGAUCCAGAGCUGGUCAGAGCCAUGUUCGUCCUGCUGCACCGCCAGUAUGAUGGCAUUGGAGGACAGGUGCGGGCUCUUCCUAAGACCUACACUAUAAACUCUGUGUCGAUCGAGGACACCAUCAACCUGUUAGCUGCUCUGGGCCAGAUCAGAUCUUUGCUGAGUGUCCGCAUGGGAAGAGAGGAGGAGAAACUGAUGAUCAGAGGGCUGGGUGAUAUCAUGAACAACAAGGUGUUCUACCAACAUCCUAACCUGAUGAGAGCUCUGGGGAUGCAUGAGACCGUCAUGGAGGUCAUGGUCAAUGUACUCAGUGGUGGAGACUCCAAGGAAAUCACCUUUCCUAAAAUGGUGGCCAACUGCUGUCGAUUUCUCUGCUACUUCUGUCGAAUCAGCCGUCAGAACCAGAAAGCCAUGUUUGACCAUCUUAGCUACCUGCUGGAGAACAGCAGUGUCGGCCUCGCUUCUCCGUCCAUGCGAGGAUCUACUCCUCUGGAUGUGGCUGCAGCAUCAGUUAUGGAUAAUAAUGAAUUGGCCCUGGCUUUAAGAGAGCCAGACCUGGAAAAGGUGGUGCAGUACCUGGCCGGCUGUGGGCUGCAGAGCUGUGUGAUGCUGGUGCGUAAAGGAUACCCAGACAUCGGCUGGAACCCUGUGGAGGGUGAACGCUACCUCGACUUCCUGCGCUUUGCUGUCUUCUGCAACGGUGAAAGCGUGGAGGAGAAUGCCAAUGUUGUGGUGAGGCUUCUGAUUCGCAGACCAGAAUGUUUUGGCCCCGCCCUUCGGGGUGAAGGUGGGGAUGGGUUGUUGGCAGCAAUGGAGGAAGCCAUUAAGAUCUCUCAGGAUCUCUCCAGAGAUGGUCCCUCUCCUACAUCUGAGAGCAGCAAGACACUCAGUGACAUGCUGGAGGAGGAGGAAGAUGAUACCAUCCACAUGGGCAAUGCCAUCAUGACCUUCUAUGCUGCUCUCAUUGACCUGCUGGGCCGCUGUGCUCCGGAGAUGCAUUUGAUCCACGCUGGUAAAGGUGAAGCGAUACGUAUCAGAGCCAUUCUGAGGUCUCUGAUUCCGAUUGAAGACCUGGUGGGAGUCAUCAGCAUUCCAUUCUCCAUGCCCAACCUGGCUAAAGAUGGGUUGGUGGUGGAACCAGACAUGUCAGCUGGUUUCUGUCCAGACCAUAAAGCAGCCAUGGUCCUGUUCCUAGACAGAGUCUACGGUAUAGAGGACCAAAAUUUCCUGCUACACCUGCUGGAGGUUGGGUUCUUACCUGACCUGAGGGCUGCCGCCUCUCUAGACACGGUUGCUCUCAGUGCCACGGACAUGGCGCUCGCCCUCAACAGGUAUCUGUGUACAGCCGUGUUGCCUCUCCUGACUAAAUGUGCUCCACUGUUUGCUGGGACGGAGCCGUUCGCCUCACUAAUCGACUCCCUGCUCCACACGGUUUACCGCCUGUCCAAAGGCUGCUGCCUCACCAAGGCCCAGAGGGAUGCCAUAGAGGAGUGUCUGCUGGCUGUUUGUGGUAAGCUGAGGCCUUCAAUGAUGCAGCAUCUGCUGAGGAGGCUGGUCUUUGACGUUCCUCUGCUUAAUGAACACACCAAGAUGCCUCUAAAGCUGUUGACCAAUCACUAUGAGCGUUGUUGGAAGUACUACUGCCUGGCUGGAGGCUGGGGCAACUUUGGAGCUGCAUCAGAUGAAGAGCUUCACCUCUCCAGGAAACUGUUCUGGGGAAUAUUUGAUGCCCUGUCACGCAAGCGGUAUGACCAAGAACUGUUUAAGCUGGGGUUACCCUGUCUCAGUGCUGUGGCUGGAGCUCUUCCUCCAGACUACAUGGAGUCCAACUACAUGGCCAUGAUGGAGAAACAGUCGUCCAUGGACUCAGAAGGAAACUUCACUCCACAGCCUGCAGACACUGCCAAUGUGACUGUCCCAGAGAAACUGGACUAUUUUAUAACCAGAUAUGCAGAGCACAACCAUGAGAAGUGGUGUAUAGAAAAGUUUUCUAAUGGCUGGUCAUAUGGAGAUCAGAUGUGUGAAAUCUCUAAAAGCCACCCUUUACUGAAGCCAUACAAAGGCCUCUCUGAGAAGGAUAAGGAGGCCUAUUACUGGCCAGUCAGAGAGUCUCUGAAGACCAUGCUGUCGUGGGGCUGGAGCAUCGACAGGAUCAGAGAGGGUGACCCUGCCAGCCUUCACAACAAGUCCAGGAGAAUAUCACAGGCCAGCCAGCUGUCUUUUGAAGGAGGGCCAGCAUUCAGCCCCAGACCCAUUGAUAUGAGCAAUGUUACACUGUCUAGAGACAUGCAGUCAAUGGCAGAGUUGCUUGCAGAGAAUUAUCAUAAUAUCUGGGCCAGAAAAAAGAAAAUGGAGCUUGAAGCCAAAGGUGGAGGAAACCAUCCUCUGCUGGUCCCCUAUGAUACACUGACUGCCAAAGAGAAAUCCAAAGACAGAGAAAAAGCACAAGACAUCCUCAAGUUCCUGCAGAUCAAUGGUUACACAGUGUCCAGAGGUGUGAAGUCGCAGGAGCUGGACACUCCAGCUAUAGAGAAACGAUUUGCCUACACCUUCCUCCAGCAGCUCAUCACAUAUGUAGACCAGGCGCACCAACACAUGAUGGAGUUUGGUGAGACUUCUGUUAUUCAACCAAAGGGAGAGAAGAUUCCUCAUGAACAGCAGAUUAAAUUCUUUGGAAAGGUUGUCUUGCCAUUGGUGGAUCAGUACUUUAAAAACCACAGGCUGUACUUCCUGUCCACAGCCAUCCAUCCAAUCAGCAGUGGUGGCCACGCCUCCAACAAGGAGAAAGAGAUGGUGACAAGUCUUUUCUGCAAACUGGGAGUUCUUGUCAGACAUAGGAUAUCCUUAUUUGGUAACAAUGCCACAUCUAUAGUCAACUGUCUGCAGAUACUGGGACAAAGCCUGGAUGCCAGGACAGUGAUGAAGACUUGUCUGGAGUCAGUAAAGGCAGCACUGCGGUCGUACUUCGAUAGUGCGGCAGAAGAUCUGGAGAAGACACAGGAGAAUCUGAAGCUCGGUCAGUUCACCCACAGCAGAGAGCAGCCUCGAGGUGUCACUCAGAUCAUCAACUACACUACGUUCGCCCUGCUGCCCGUCCUCUCCUCUCUGUUUGAACACAUCGGACAGAACAUGUUUGGAGAAGACCUUGUAUUUGAUGAUGUCCAGGUUUCCUGCUACAGAAUUCUCAACAGUCUCUACUUUUUGGGAACCAACAAAAGCAUCUAUGUAGAGAGACAGCGUCCAGCAUUAGGAAAGUGUUUAGCUGCCUUCUCAGCAGCCUUCCCUGUUGCUUUCCUAGAGCCUCACAUCAACAAGUUCAACAGCUUCUCCAUCUACAACAGCAAAGGAGCUAAAGACAGAGCGGCUCUAGGUCUUCCAGGGCAGGUUGGUGAGGUUUGUCCGCUGAUCCCAAACUUAGAAAAGGCUCUAGAGGAGAUCAUGGAGUUGGCAGAGUCUGGCAUGAGAUACACUCAGAUGCCCCAUGUCAUGGAGGUGGUGUUGCCAAUGUUGUGCAGCUACAUGUCUCACUGGUGGGAACACGGACCAGAGAGCAACCCAGAAAAAGCUGACAGCUGCUGCACCUCUGUGACCUCUGAACACAUGAACACUCUGCUGGGAAACAUUCUCAAGAUAAUCUACAAUAACCUGGGAAUAGAUGAAGGGGCCUGGAUGAAAAGACUAGCUGUCUUCUCUCAGCCAAUCAUCAGCAAGGCCAAAGCCCAGCUACUCAAGACCCACUUCCUGCCUCUGAUGGAGAAACUCAAAAAAAAAGCAGCAGUUGUGCUGAUGGAUGAGGAACACAGCAAGGCAGAGGGGAGGGGUGAGAUGUCAGAGACGGAACUUCUCAUCAUGGACCAGUUUACCAUACUGGUCAGAGACCUGUAUGCCUUCUACCCUCUCCUCAUACGAUUUGUUGACUACAACAGGGCCAGAUGGCUGAAAGAAUCCAACCCAGAGGCUGAGGAGGUGUUCCGCAUGGUGGCUGAGGUUUUCAUCUUCUGGGCCAAGUCUCAUAACUUUAAGAGAGAAGAGCAGAACUUUGUGGUCCAGAAUGAAAUCAACAACAUGUCAUUCCUCAUCACUGACACUAAGUGUAAGAUGUCAAAGGGAAUAGUUUCAGACCAGGAGAGGAAGAAGAUGAAGAGGAAGGGAGAUCGAUACUCUAUGCAGACGAGUCUAAUUGUUGCCGCUCUGAAGCGCCUGCUGCCUGUUGGACUCAACAUGUGUGCCCCUGGAGAACAAGAGCUCAUCGCACUGGCUAAGAACCGCUUCACCCAAAAAGAUACAGAGGAUGAAGUUCGAGAGAUCAUUAGGAACAAUCUCCAUUUGCAAGGAAAGCUGGAGGACCCAGCUAUUCGUUGGCAGAUGGCUCUAUACAGAGACCUCCCAAACCACUAUGAGGACACCUCCGACCCAGAGAAGACCGUGGACAGAGUCCUGGACAUUGCUCAUGUCCUCUUCCACCUAGACCAGGUUGAACAUCCUCAGCGCAGUAAGAAGGCUGUGUGGCACAAACUGCUGUCCAAACAGAGGAAAAGAGCAGUGGUUGCGUGCUUCAGGAUGGCACCACUCUAUAACUUGCCCAGGCACCGGGCUGUCAACUUGUUCCUGCAGGGCUAUGAGAAGUCCUGGAUUGAGGCAGAGGAACAUUACUUUGAAGAUAAACUCAUAGAGGACCUUGCUAAACCAGGUGAACAGGAGCCAUGUGAGGAAGAGGAGGGGGUGAAACACAUUGAUCCACUGCAUCAGCUCAUUCAGCUGUUCAGCAGAACAGCCCUCACAGAAAAGUGUAAACUGGAUGAGGAUAAUCUCUACAUGGCUUAUGCUGACAUCAUGGCUGAGAGUUGCCAUGAUGAAGAGGAUGAGGAUGGAGAGGAAGUGAAGAGUUUUGAAGAGAAGGAGAUGGAGAAGCAGAAGCUGUUGUAUCAGCAGGCUCGGCUGCAUGACCGUGGAGCUGCUGAGAUGGUGCUUCAAACCAUCAGCGCUAGCAAAGGUGAGAUGGGUCCCAUGGUGGCCUCUACUCUGAAGCUGGGUAUAGCUAUUCUCAAUGGAGGAAACUCUACUGUACAGCAGAAAAUGUUGGAUUAUCUGAAAGACAAAAAGGAUGUGGGCUUUUUUCAGAGUCUGGCUGGUCUGAUGCAGUCAUGCAGUGUUCUGGAUCUCAAUGCAUUUGAGAGGCAGAACAAAGCAGAAGGACUGGGAAUGGUGACAGAGGAGGGAUCAGGUGAGAAGGUCAUGCAGGAUGAUGAGUUCACCUGUGACCUUUUCCGCUUCCUGCAGCUGCUCUGUGAAGGACACAACUCAGACUUCCAGAACUACUUGAGGACACAAACAGGGAACAAUACGACUGUCAACAUCAUUAUCUCUACUGUUGACUACCUCCUCAGAGUACAGGAGUCUAUCAGUGAUUUCUACUGGUAUUAUUCUGGGAAAGAUGUUAUUGACGAGCAGGGCCAGAGGAAUUUCUCCAAGGCAAUAAAUGUGGCCAAGCAGGUUUUCAAUACACUCACAGAGUACAUCCAGGGUCCGUGUACUGGCAACCAGCAAAGUUUGGCCCAUAGUCGCCUCUGGGAUGCUGUGGUUGGUUUUCUACAUGUCUUUGCUCACAUGCAGAUGAAAUUGUCUCAGGACUCCAGUCAGAUUGAGUUACUGAAGGAACUGAUGGAUCUGCAGAAAGAUAUGGUGGUCAUGCUGCUGUCUAUGCUGGAGGGUAAUGUGGUGAAUGGGACCAUUGGGAAGCAGAUGGUGGACAUGUUGGUGGAGUCCUCCAACAACGUGGAGAUGAUCCUCAAGUUCUUUGACAUGUUCCUCAAACUGAAAGACCUGACCUCCUCAGACACCUUCAAGGAGUAUGACCCUGAUGGAAAAGGUGUCAUCUCCAAGAGGGACUUCCACAAGGCCAUGGAGAGCCACAAACACUACACCCAGUCUGAGACGGAGUUCCUGCUCUCCUGUGCUGAGACUGAUGAGAAUGAGCUUCUGGAUUACGAAGAAUUUGUUGAGCGCUUCCAUGAGCCAGCCAAGGACAUUGGAUUCAAUGUGGCGGUUUUACUGACCAACCUGUCGGAGCACAUGCCUCAUGACACCCGGCUGCAGACCUUCCUGGAGCUGGCAGAGAGCGUCCUCAACUACUUCCAACCCUACCUGGGCCGGAUCGAGAUCAUGGGCAGCGCCAAGCGCAUUGAGAGGGUCUACUUUGAGAUCAGUGAGUCCAGUCGAACACAGUGGGAGAAACCUCAGGUCAAAGAAUCCAAGCGUCAGUUCAUCUUUGAUGUGGUGAAUGAAGGAGGGGAGAAGGAGAAGAUGGAGCUUUUUGUCAAUUUCUGCGAGGACACCAUCUUUGAAAUGCAGCUGGCGGCUCAGAUGUCUGACGCUGGUGAGCGCUCAGCAGUCAAAGAGGAGAGUGAGCGGGAGAAGCCGGAUGAGGACAACCCUGAGAUGGGCUUCUUCUCUGUCACCACUGUCCGCAUGGCUCUGUUAGCUCUGCAAUACAACGUCAUGCUGCUGAUAAAGGUGCUGUCCAUGAAGAGUUUGAAGAAGCAGGUGAAGAGGAUAAAGAACAUGACAGUGAAGGACAUGGUCACCACCCUGGUGUCUUUCUACUUGUCUGUGUUGCUGGGCCUCCUCCAUGUGGCCUUCAGCGUGGCCCGAGGAUUUUGUCGAAUCUUCUACAACACCUUCAUGGGAGGCAAUCUAGUGGAGGGGGCCAAGACCAUAAAGGUGUCGGAGCUGCUGGCCAACAUGCCUGAUCCCACCCAGGACGAGGUCAGGGGCGAAGGGGAGGACAGAGAGAAGAGACCCUCUGAACGCAGCUCCCCAAAGGAGGACCUGGCUGACCUGGCUGUCAACACCAGUGAGACCGAGCUGCUGUCAGACAUUUUUGGCCUAGACUUAAGAAGAGAAGGGGGCCAGUAUAAGAUCACCCCACAUAACCCCAACGCCACCCUGACCGAACUGCUAAACUCCCCGGUUCCUUCCCCGGCCCCAUCAAGUGCACCCACAGCACCCCUACCGGAGCUCAGACGGAGGCAUCCGUCGAAGAGCUCUUCCUCAGAGGAGAAGGAAGCAACAGCCGACACAGAUUGUGAACCUGAGAAAACAGAGGAUGGACAUGUAGAGAAACAACUGAAGAAUGAGAAGAUGAAGCCAAAAGUGAGAAGGCAUCACACUUCAAAGUCUGAUGAACCAGAUCUGCAGGAGUCUGCCUUCUUGAAGAAGAUCAUAGCCUACCAGAGGAAGCUACUGAACUACUUUGCCAGGAACUUUUACAAUAUGAGGAUGCUGGCGCUGUUUGUUGCCUUUGCAAUCAACUUCAUCCUCCUGUUCUAUAAGGUUUCUACAUCCUCAUCUGUGAUGGAGGAAAGGGAAGUGGUAUACACCAGCAGCCAACCAGACAACAGUGUUCAGUGGGAUCCACUGGGAGGAGAAGCAAUGGCGACAAAGGAGGGGGUGAUGGAUGAGGCGCCCCUAAAGCCUGUCACAGUCCGUUUUGUCCUGGAGGAGAGCACCGGAUACAUGGAGCCUAUGUUACGGAUCCUGGCCAUCCUGCACACUGUCAUCUCCUUCUUCUGCAUCAUCGGAUACUACUGUCUAAAGGUGCCACUGGUGAUCUUUAAGCGUGAGAAGGAGGUGGCCAGGAAGCUGGAAUUUGAUGGCCUUUACAUCACAGAGCAACCGUCUGAGGAUGACAUCAAGGGGCAGUGGGACAGACUGGUAAUCAACACACAAUCUUUUCCCAACAACUACUGGGAUAAGUUUGUGAAGAGGAAGGUGAUGGAUAAAUAUGGAGAGUUCUACGGUCACGACCGCAUCAGUGAGCUGCUGGGAAUGGACAAGGCUGCUCUGGACUUCAGCGAUGCUCACAAAAAGAGAAAGCCCAGGAGAGACAGCUCACUGGCUGCUGUGCUGAACUCCAUUGAUGUCAAGUACCAGAUCUGGAAGCUGGGGGUUGUAUUCACAGACAAUUCCUUCCUGUAUCUGGCCUGGUAUAUGACCAUGUCCAUCCUGGGCCACUAUAACAACUUCUUUUUUGCUGCUCAUCUGCUUGACAUCGCCAUGGGCUUCAAGACACUGCGGACCAUUUUGUCCUCAGUAACACACAAUGGCAAACAGCUGGUGUUGACAGUUGGCCUGUUAGCAGUGGUGGUGUACCUCUACACAGUAGUGGCCUUCAACUUCUUCAGGAAGUUCUACAACAAGGGCGAAGAUGGAGAACUGCCAGACAUGAAGUGUGACGAUAUGCUGACAUGCUACAUGUUCCACAUGUAUGUAGGUGUGAGAGCGGGUGGAGGGAUCGGUGACCAGAUUGAGGACCCAGCGGGUGACGAGUAUGAGAUCUAUCGCAUCAUCUUUGACAUCACUUUCUUCUUCUUUGUCAUUGUAAUCCUCCUGGCCAUCAUCCAGGGGUUGAUCAUCGAUGCUUUUGGAGAGCUGAGAGACCAGCAGGAACAAGUGAAAGAAGACAUGGAGACCAAAUGCUUUAUCUGUGGAAUAGGCAACGAUUACUUUGACACAGUGCCACAUGGCUUUGAAACGCACACGCUACAGGAGCACAACUUAGCCAACUACCUAUUCUUUGUGAUGUAUCUCAUCAACAAAGAUGAAACAGAGCACACAGGCCAGGAGUCUUACGUGUGGAAGAUGUACCAGGAGCGUUGCUGGGAGUUUUUCCCAGCUGGUGACUGUUUCCGGAAACAGUACGAGGAUCAGCUCAACUGAUCAACAGACACUUCUUUCACACAGUAACCUGUUCAAGGCCCUCUUCAGCCAUCUUCCCUCAAAACUUCUUACUGGUCUCUGAGGAGUGCCAGUUUUACCAAACGAUGGGUUCUACACUCGGCUACACUCCCAGUCCAGGAGAAACCAACAUCUCCAGCGUCCUCUACAGGUCCCACCCCAAGCCUUCCUCCCAGCUCUUCCUCAUUCAGACAGCCAACUCCCCAGCUCUGCCCCAACUUCCAGCACACUUUGUUUGGAAUGCUUCUAAGACUCUGUACAUAGAAAGUAUCAGAUCAUAUGCUGUUCAAUAUGUGAAUGGUGGCACGUCAAGGUUUUUUGGCUCAGAUGAUGACUUAUUUGCCUCAUCUUGUUGUACAUUCACAGUAACAAGCAAAAAAUACAAAGGAAUAAUGGAGCACGGCAAAAAGGAAGGACCCAAAGACGGACAGAGGAGGAGAGUGAAAAGAAGAUAAUGAGAGGAUUCCUCCUGAAUGAAUUUCAGGACAACGAUGGAUACACAAAGAGCAGAGACUUUACAUGUGUACAAUGCACGUUGCAUGUAGGUAUAGGGGGUGGACACAAAAGAGAAAGACUUCUACAACUCUGCUGUAACCCAGCACACGAGCUCUGCAAUAAAUCUGACCCUUGAGAAGCUUGCAUGUUAUCUUCUGUUGAGACUGUCAUAGAGGUGAUGGUUUGAAUAAACUCUGAGGUAACUUUUUUUAGGCUCUUUAGUUCAUGGUACAUGCCAAGUGGGAAUUCUAUAAGGUGCCUCAACAUAAUCUCAUCUAGUCUCCAGAACUACAAUACCACAGAGUUGAAUCAACAGCUCUGUGACACUCAACAAAAAAUGAACAUCCUGCUCUUCACAAAUAGGGCCGUUGUACUGGAUUGAGUUAGCGUUGUUUCCAGAUGUUAGCAUUGUGUCCACACCCUGUACACGCCAACACUGUGUGUGAAGGGCUCCUUAACUAAGCGUACACAUUGCUAGCAACGUGAUCAACAGUCCAUUUUGUUAAAGUCGUAAUCCUCCAUCAGCUUGAAAGUUGACCACAUCUUUUCUCUUUUUUUGAAAGCCUACAUAAAUAAAUAAAUGUCCCCAAAACAAUGCUUGCAAAAUAGUUGAAUCCAUAAUAGACAUAUUUGGUAACUCUGAAUUGAUCUUUUUACUUUUUACUUGAUCGUUUGCCCCAGUAGCAGCAUGGCUUUAGGAAACAGAUGUCUCUGUGUGUCUGUCCAACUACUGGUCAGACUGCCAUGUCAUUUACAUGCUCCCUUUUUAACUUUACUGACCACAUGUUCCAACAACACCCUUCAGACAAACAUGACAUUUUUAGCCCCACUGCUGGUCAAGGCUCCAAGAAUAGCUAAGUAGUCAGCAUGCUAUUUCUGUCCAACAGUAUUUUGUGAGAAAAAAACAUCACAGACAAGAAAUGCUACUUAAUUAGGGCUUGCUUGGUAUAUGUGUUAAUCAAAUAAAAAGUUUUAUAUAAAAGCAAUACCAAAGCAGCAAACAAGUGAUUUAUCUGUUAUAAACUUUAUGGCUGCAGACAAACUUAGUGUGUGCUUGUUAGCUAAGAGAAAUAAUGAGACUGAAGCAUGUUUCCUGAAGUAUGAAUGCACAGCAAGGGCAGGCUCACAACAGAUGAUCAAUGGAUGGAUGAAAGUAGAGGGAAGGGACACGGGAGGAUACAGUGCCUUACUACACCAGCGGUAAGCUAUGCAAGCUGGAGGAGGAGAGAGGGACGUCAGAGAGCUUCACAUAGAUACCAUGUAAAGACUGGUGAUAACAGAGCUGGGUGUUUAUGAAAGACAGAAAUAUGCCACGUGGGAGGACUAUAGGAAUGUAAAAAGGGGGUUGGAAGAAGGACGGACAGAGGAAUGUCCUCAGGACCACUGUUAUUGGAAAUAUAAAAUGAGGGCAUGUCUCAUUGUCUCAGUAAGCAGUUUUGAUGCAGACCUGAGUUGAAAUAGCCUCAUUUCCAAUUAUUUCAAUUUUAUGCUUGCUUGUGCACAUAGGGUUGUUACAAUUUUCAAAAAACAAACAAUUUAAUAUGAUUUAACCGAUUCUGUUUGAUUAUAUAGUAUGUCAGAUGCUUUUUAAGCCAUCUAGUCGAGUCUGGGAGGUCAGAUUUCAGUUUUCAAAUGACUGCAGGAAAUGAGGUCAAACUUCAUCCUGACUGAAGAUUGAGUCCGGACGUUCAACAGCAGGCGAGAGUGAAGUGUGUCACUAGUAGUAGUGUUAACGUGAGAGGAACCUCUACUCUUCUCAUACAUAUAGGAUAAGACUGUGCCACUUGUCAAGCGCAGAUGGCUUCUUCCUUUUAACAAAAGCGUAAAAUUCAUUGGGGUGACUUUUUAAUUUUUUCAAUUUCGUAUUUAAAUGCAAAUCAGGGCAGGCAGAAAAAGAUACCUUCCAUAGGGCACAUUUCAUGACUUACAAAGUUUGGCCCUUGUAGGAUGUGGGUCAGAAUGCACACACAAGGGAAGAAUGAAUGAUACUAUCAGAAACAAAGUAAUCUAUUUAAAGCAUAAUUAUUAUUGUUGUCUUUUAAUUCACUAAUUCAUUCCUCAGUGAUGGGAUGUGUGUGUGUUGGUUGGACCUCAGUCUAUCUAUCCGUUUUCUUUCUCUUUUUUGUGAUGAUCUUAUGCAAUACAGCAAACAGAGUUACUCUUUUUGUAUAGGCAUUCUCCAAGAAAAACUAUCUCAGAAAAAAACAAUGCCAUUGCAUGUUUAUUAUGCGGGUUUAAUAAACAAAUAUAACAAAAUCUAUGUCACCCAUGAAUUGUUUAACAGGAUUAUUUAAGAUGAAUUAAGAUUUCUGUAAUAUUGUAUUUAAGUGUUGUGGGCUUCAUUGUAACUCUUCAAGUCAUUUACCACAACUGCAUCGCUUUGAAAAACAGUGGUUCCUGCUUUUCCCUCACUUAACCAUGUCUGUUUUAAUAUACUACGAGUCAAAGGUUUGUUUAAGGAUCAUUUGGUUUUAAGCUCAAGCAAUAGCCCUUCAGGGAGUGUACGGGAGCUGACUGACCGUUGUAAAUUGCAAACAAAGGCAAAUCAAAUAAAAGCUUGCUUAACUUGUCUCAGAUUAAAAUACAAUUCAUGAAUUUAUUAUCUAUGUAUUUAUUUAUUUUAUUUACUUAACAAAUGAUGCUAAGGAAAUAAAACUAAGAUUGUUCUGUCAAACUAGUUUAGCACUUAAUCUUACAGGUGCAAUAGAUAGUGAAAUUAUAUUGGCUUUUUGCACAAAACCACCAUCACAUACAUAAAAGGUUUGGCUGACCAUUGCCAGUCACUCCGCUUUCUAAAUAGUGGUGAUCCUGUUUUGUAAACUUUCUGAGAAAGUGACACUUUCCCAGGCUCAGCAUCCAGUCUGCACUUGGUUUGGUUUCUGUAAACCUGAGGGACUAUUAGUUAAGCAUGUGGAAGUAAAUUAAGUUUUAUGACAUGAAAUUCUUCAGUAGUGAUGAAUUAGCAUCAUGUUUCUUAGACCGAAACUAUAAAGACCCAAAGUGUUUAAUAUAAAACAAUUAAAAAAGUCAUAAAUAUGAAUAAAUAUUGAUACAACAUAUAAUAUAACCAUGAAACUGUGAAAUAAUCCAGUGCAUUUUUAAAACACAGCUCAGUGUUAUUUAAUCCAGGGGCAGAGCCAGUUUUGUAAUUGGCUUUCCACUCACUGAGACCGAAGCAACAGCCAAUCACAUAACUGCUUCUUGACUGACCCAGACUUUCUAAUGAAAAGUAGAAUUAUGAAAACAAACAGACUGCGGUAAGGACAUUUUGAAUUAAAAACUAGUCAGAUACAAUACAUAUUUAAUAUUCAUAAGAAAGAACGGAGUUCAAUGUGUUUAAUUAUUUCACAAUUUCAUUGUAAUACAUUUUGUCUGUAUUUAUUUUAUUUGUAUGUGACAUUAUGUCCAAAGUGCUAUAAAUCAAAUUCCAUUAUAGAACUUGCUUUAAAAGACAUUGAGAGGUUGAGAAGAAAAUGCUAUCGCUAUUGUUGGAAUUUUGUUCAUGCUGCCACUAGAGGCUACUAAAGAGCCAUCUUGACUGAUUGCACCUUUAACGUUGAGUGAGGAUGCAUGAACGCUUUACAUUUAGCACUGACCGUACAAAGUAUGAUAACACAGAGGAUGUUACAGUUGCAACCAACCACUGUGGAUGUUGUGUAUAUUGCAGUUUUAUCAUUAUACCAUGCUGAUGACAUGCCUAAGUUUUUUUAGUUGUUGUUUUUUAUUGCUACACCACUUCAGAAUGAAUAAUAUGACAGCAAUUGUAGAUAUAAAUAAAUAAAUUACGGGGCUGGGUGAGAGGGGGCUAAUAUUCCAAGUCGUAAAUUUACGAGUACAAAACUAGUAAAUCAGUUUUUCUUUCCGGUCAUUAAUAAUAGAGACAGCAGUCCGUGCAGACGAAUGCGUACAAUAGAAGAGUUGGAGCUGUCAGACAGGUAGAUGUGAGGGACUGCAACAGAGCCACUUGAAAGCAUGUGCCACAUCUUGAAAUCUAGAAAUGUCUGCAGUUCCCCCCAAUUUUUUAUUCUUUUGGCCCAUCAGUACAGAGCCUUCAAUAACACAAGCACACCGAAAAUGUAUAUUUUCUGAGUUCUUCUCUCGGAAAUUUGUGACUUAAAUCUCAGAGAAUUUCUGUGUUCUUUCUUGUCAUUUUACCACUUUUAUCUCCUAGAAUGUUUUUUGAGAAUGAGAAUGUUUUUUUCUCUUAAAUGUAUGACUUUAAUCUCUCCUCAGAAUAUCACCCCCUCUGUAAUUCAUUUAUUUUACUUGCAAUGGCCUUAACACCAUCGUAGAACAAUGCCAUAACUAAGUGGUAUUUUUCUCAUGCAAAAAUAAAUCAAUAUUUUCCAUAUUUACUACAGAGGAGCAUAGCUUGCCACACAGUAGUGCAUCCCUUUUUGAGUAGGCUAUUGUUACUUCUGAGAGAUAAAUGUGUAGAGAUGGACUGAGCCUAUAAUCAAUGAAUGGAUUUGCAUGAUUUUUACAAUAAAACUUUAUUAAUUAA